AUGAGAUAUAUAGUUUCUUCAUCUACAUUUUGUUUGUGUAAAAAUUUAAAAAUGAGUCGUUGUGAAGCAUUUCAAUAUUAUUUGGAACGUUGGGGUGUCAUCGAUUUACUUAGUGAAUGUUUUUUAGAAUUAGAUAAUUUGAAUUUAGAUGAUGGUCAUAAUUCAUUUUCAAAAUUAAAUGGCGGUGAAGAUCGAUCAUUAGACAUGUUUAAACAAAUAUUUAAACAACAUCUUCGACAAGUUAAAGAAUAUCAAAUGUUAACGGAAGAUGUUAAACAAUUGGAACAACAAAUUCAAGAAUUAAGAAAAUAA